AUGUAUGAGAGGACGGGUCGAGAUUGUACAUAUCUUUUUUGUGAGUAUGUUAUAGAGCUUUACCAUGACAUAUACCUGCGACAUCCGACUAAAAGUGAUGUCGAACAGUUGUAUGCCGCGCAUGAAGCUAAACAUGGUUUUCCAGGGAUGCUUGGUAGUAUUGAUUGUACAUAUUGGGAGUGGGCAAAUUGUCCCAAUGCGUGGCGUGGUCAGUUCACACGAGGAGAUCAUGGGGUCCCGACUGUUAUACUGGAGGCGGCUGUUUCAAACGACCUAUGGUUUUGGCAUGCAUUCUUUGGUAUGGCGGGGUCAAACAAUGACCUGAAUGUGCUUCACGCGUCUCCGAUAUUUAACGAUAUUUUGCAGGGUAAAGCACCAGAUAUGUCAUACGUUGUGAAUGGAAAUGAAUACAAGUAUGGAUAUUACCUACGUGAUGGGAUAUACCCAGAGUAUGCUACAUUUGUUAAGUCUUUUUCGUUUCCAGCCGAUGAGAAACGAAAAUUGUUCAAGUUAGCACAGGAAUCUGCACGGAAGGACGUUGAAAGAGCAUUUGGAGUCCUAAAACAAAGAUGGCACAUAAUCAAGCAUCCAACAAGAACAUGGGAUAGGGCAAAACUAACGACGGUGUUGACUGCCUGUGUGAUUUUACAUAACAUGAUAAUAGAAGAAGAGGGCAGAGCUAUUUGUUCAUAUACCGACAACGAUGCACUUAACCCACCUGCAGUAAUACAAGUUGGCAGCCCGACAUACUUCUCUAGGGUUUUGGAAAUACAAAAUCGUGAAACACAUCACAAUCUACGACACGAUUUGACCGAGCACAUAUGGGGGAGACAACACCAAGGGGGAAAUGACGAUGAAGACGAAGAGGAUGAGGGCGAUGAUUACGACGAGAAUGCAGACGGUGACGACGAGGCGGAUGAGGAUGAGGAUGAUGAUGAUGACAACGAGUAG